CCUAUACUUCUAUGUUUAUGUUGUUUUCUUUACAGGAUGUUGUGUUGGCCAGCGGUUGCUCUGGAGCAAUCGAGAUAGCAUUAAACGCCCUAGUUGAUCAUGGUGAUAACAUCCUAAUUCCAAGACCUGGUUUCUCUCUUUACAAAUGCAUCUGUGGAUCGAGGGGGAUUGAAACACGAUCUUAUAAACUCUUUCCUGAAAAUGGUUGGGAAGUCGACUUGGACGAUAUGGCUUCACUUAUUGACGAGAGAACAAAGAUUAUUGUCGUUGUCAACCCAUCAAAUCCCUGUGGUUCUGUGUACAAAAGAGAACAUUUGGAAGAAAUUUUUAACAUUGCUGAAAAAUACCACAUCCCAGUUCUUUGUGAUUAAGUCUAUGGACAUGUUACAUUCGGCAAAGAGCCUUUCCAUAGCAUGGGAACUUUAACAAAAAAUGUUCCUGUUCUAGUUGU